UCAGGUUAUUCAGUGACCAAGAAGAAAAGAGCAUUCUAUGCGGCUGCCUAAUCUCAUCUGCAUAUAUCUCCGCUUGGACUAGGCACAUUUGUGUGCUAAUCAUGUAACGUGCGGUUAAUGAUUCAGCAGAGACUAUGGCUGGUCAUGGUUCCCACUGCGAUCUAGCAUUUGGCCCCUGACUCCAUGAGAAUCUCUGUUUUUCGCUGGGCUGCUAGACUGGAUGUUGGGUGACCAUAAAAUGGAAGUUAUAAAUACCCACGAGAGCUCGGUGCCCCCUACUCCUGGCAGAAGAAGCCUCACCCAGACCCUUCUGAAGGCCAAAAAGAGAAUAUGCAAUUGGUACGUGCUGAAGACCAUCGCUUUGGGGCAGGUGCUGUCUCUGUUUAUAUGCGGCACCGCGGUGACCAGCCAGUUCCUAGCAGAGAACUACAAGGUGGACACUCCGAUGCUACAGAGCUUCAUCAACUAUUGCCUUCUUUUUCUGGUUUACACCGUGUGGCUGGCGUUUAGGACGGGAGAGAACAGCCUUCUAUACAUAGUGAGAAAGAAAUGGUGGAAGUACAUAUUUUUAGCCAUCGUGGAUGUUGAAGCAAACUAUUCCAUUGUUAAAGCCUACCAGUUCACCACAAUCACGAGUGUGCAGCUCCUGGACUGUGUUGGGAUCCCUGUACUUAUGGCUCUUUCUUGGUUUAUUCUUCGCUCGAGAUACAGAUUGAUCCAUUACAUUGCUGUUGGGGUCUGUCUGUUGGGCGUUGGGACCAUGGUCGGUGCAGAUGUGUUGUCUGGGAGGGAGAGUGGCAAAGCCAGCGACAUGUUAAUCGGCGAUGCCCUGGUGAUUCUUGGCGCCUCUUUAUAUGCGGUGUCCAAUGUGUGCGAAGAGUACGUGGUGAAAAACCUAACUAGAGAAGAGUUCCUGGGGAUGCUCGGCCUGUUUGGCACAUUUAUCAGCGGCAUACAGCUCAUGGUUGUGGAGUACAACGCUAUUGGCGACAUAGAGUGGGACUGGAAAGUGGGGCUGCUGUUUGCGGUGUUUGCCCUAUGCAUGUUUGGUCUCUACAGUCUGAUGCCUGUAGUCAUGAGAGUCACCAGCGCUACCUCUGUCAAUCUGGGAAUCCUGACGGCAGAUUUAUAUAGUCUCUUUUUUGGCCUCUUUCUGUUCGGAUACAAGUUUUCAGUCCUCUACAUUUUGGCGUUCGCCGUGAUCAUGGUAGGUUUCGUCAUGUACUGUAGCACCGCAACGUACAGGGCCGAGCCCUCGCCAGAAGACCGGACUAACCAAGGGAUUGAGAACCAAGCAGUGAAAGAUGAAGAAGCAAACGAGGAGCCGGCGACAUCCCUCCAUUAUAUUCCUUCAGAACUUUCCGCCAGCAUGGACUGAGCCGAGCUCACGCUUGCCCUCCCACCGCCAACUUUAAGCGUUUGGGAAACGGGCCGAUGAAGAUCUUGUCUUUUUUUUAUUGGAGAGAUUCCUUUAUUUUGUAGACUGAACUUGGUUUUUAAACAUUUAUAUGUUUUAUAUAUUUUAAUGCAAUAGCGACUUGAUCCUGAAACAAGGUCCUUCUCGUUUAUUUUAAAAGAUUGUUUCAGGAAGGAGAUUAUUUUUUUAAGACUUUUCAUGAUGCGGUUGUCUUGAAGCAAAGUAUCACGUUCUGGAUUUAAAAAUCAUCAUUGUGGUGCUGUUAAUGGUCUUUGGUUGCAGACCCCACACAUGACUUUUAUCCCUGUUUUGAACUAUUUGUAACUUUGUAACUUUUUUUUUAGCAAAUUUUAAAUAAUUUAUGUGUGGGUUCUCUUAGCACUAGGAAGACAUCACUGCCUCCUUGAACUGAGUUCUCUAUCCCAAAACAGGGAGUGUAUCUGAUAAGGGAUGAAAUAAAAAAAAAAAGGGCAUUUGACAUCACAUAAUGAAUUCAAAAGAAAAAUGUAAAAUAAAAAGUGUCUUUCAUAGGCUUUGGAUAA